AUGGAGCCUCCAGACCAGCAACAAGUCGUGCAGCUCCAACGACCAGAAGGUCUUGAAGCACCAUCAGGUCGGAGGUUUGACCAUACCCACAGAGUCAAUCAUGAGAGCCUGAACUCCCUCAAGCCGGGAGGAUGGCUGGAUGACGGCGUCAUCAACACGUUCUUUAGCAGUCUCUGCCUGGCACGGCCCGGGAGAUAUUUUGCCUUCGACAGCACGGCCCUUGAGAGCCUGCGACUACUUGCAUUUGAUCAAGAUCUAACAUCAGAGGAGAUUGACAACUAUUACCAGCCCUACAUGACCCGUGCUGCUACCGUCACCGGCAGCAGAGGUUUGUUGUUCAUGCCAUUCUGCGUGAAGGGGAACCACUGGAUCUUAGUUGUUCUUGACUUCAAACAACAGGUCAUCCUUGUUUACGACUCCAUGGCUUCUCGUGAUAAAAGACCUGGCGAGAUGUCCAGGUGGGCCUGUUUGGCACAACCAAUCCAAAUUGCCCAGAAAUUUGCGGAGGUCUUUGGAGACCAAUCCGGAUGGUCGCUCCGGCUCAUCUAUAUUCCAAUCAAGCCAACCGUGACGGAAUGUGGAGUCUUCAUAUGCUUGAUGGCUCUGCAUCAGACCGAUGGGUACCAGCUGGAGCUCGAAUGGCAUGUGAGGUUCUUUCCCGAUGGUUCUGACAACCAGUCUUAUGCGCUCAGUGAUACCUACUGGCUUGCAGGCCGAAAGAUCAUUUUCGAGACCUGCAGGAGAUAUUCCACGCCUGGCUCUGAUGAUUCAUUGCGGAGGCUCGAUUCCAUUGAGGCAGCUAUUGAUCAGGGUCUGUGGAGAGCAUUGCAAGACCCACUGGAAGAGGAAACCCCUCACGGCCUCACUGCAUAUCGACUUGGGCAGUCCUACAAUAUGGACCGCAUCAAGGAGGCACUCACAGAGGUUAUAAAGGCCAUAGAAGAGCUCGGGUCGGAGGAGUUCCUCAGACGCGAUGUCACAAUCUUGAGCUGGGCAUGCCAGCCGUUUCUAUCAUCACAGGGGGAGGUUUAUCGAGAAGAAAUUGUGAACAGAGCAAAGAGAUACGCAUGGCACGAUCCAGAAGCGGCCAGAAACUUCAAGGAGGACCUUAACCGUGCCCUUAGUGGUCUGGUAGCCUUGGAAUCGCAUGCUCGAUCGGCCCACGAUGCAGAAGACGUACAAUCGGGGGCAGAGACCGAACCAGAGGCUUCCACCUCGUCUCAGAAUACGCCCAGAGCGUCCUGA